AUGGAAAGAGACUGCGUUCGAGUGAACCCGCACUUCCUCCUAGGCGGAUCCCCCGAGACAUCAGCAGCCGUACAGACGGUCGCCCGCCCCCUCUCUCACGCCCUCUUCUCCUCAAAGAAGAUCCGGCUCUUCGGGCCCCUAGGCGCAGCCAUCCCCCUUCGCGAACUCACCAUCGGCCCAGGAGACCAUCUCCCGGCCGGCAACGGUCCCAACGCACAAGCAAACCAACUUCAAAACCAACUGCCCUGGCUCCCUGGCCACGGCGCCACCACCUUCUACACUCCGUACAUCCCCGAGGAUCUAUCGGCAAUCCAGCUUGAAAUCAUACUCCAGUUCCACCGCUUCGUACAUGGGUAUCCCGUCCCCUUUAUCGAUCAGCAUCUCGUCCCUCGCAUUUUGACGGUACAUGACCAAGUGCCGACACCAUCCACAGCGUUUGACGAGACUGCUCGGCGAUAUACCUACCAGGGCUGGACACGCGCUCACUUCGUCGACUUCUUCAAUGAGUAUUGUGCCGGUAAGGUCACUGCCUGUGUGCUUAUGGGUGACAUGGGGCUUGAUGUGGGUGAGUGGAUGAAUACGCUGCCGCCUGCUGGCAUGCGGUGCGAAGACUGGGCGCAGAUGUUGCGGGAGAUAGGGAGUUUGGAUAACAUUGUUACGGACGAGGAGAUGGGGGAUGUGUUCGUUGGAGUGGGGGAGUAUGCUGAUUUGCGCGAGCGGGAGGUUAGAGCUCUGGUUGAAGGCAGGAUGGUGAGAGAGACUAGGGCUGGGCGGCGGAGAGUUCGCAAGGGGGAAGAAGAAGAUGAUCAUGAAGUAUAA